UUUUUUCUUAAUUUUCCAGGUCAAACAAGCUCUGGGCCUAAAAGGCCUAUUUCUCAGAAAUCCAAAGCAGGCCUCCCUGGACAGUCAUGCUGCUGGUCAGCUCCACCGCAAACAUUCCUUUAGCAGCCACAUCUUGAGACGGACAGCAAGUGCACCCACCAAAAGCCAGAAGAAGAAGAAGGGCUUUCCUGAAAUUGUUUUUGACACAAAAGACAACAGCUCUGAAGGGGCCAGUGAAGACCACGAAGCAGAAGCUGCCUCACAGCCUUGCUUUGCGCAAGAGCCAGAAAGUGCUUCUCUGUCACCAGCUCCCAGGGAUGGUGCCAGUGGGGAGGUACAUGGCAAAGGGUUGAAAGAUGUCAGCCAUUUCUCGAUGCAGAGGUCAGUCACUUCUUUAUGCAGCCUAGAAACGAUCACUGAAGAGCCUGUUAUUGCAAAUGAAAGCCAUCAUGCCAGCCUCUUCUUUCCUCUACCCAUUACUCCUUACAGUGAUUCUGAAGAAGGGUCUAUGUCUGAUCAUUCCACUGAAUCUCAAACAAAAGCAAGCAAUCCAUUGAACUGGCCUCCAGAACCUCUGCUCACUAGAGAACAAAGACCAAAUUUGGCUGCAGAAGACCAAAUGCAGAUAGCCACAAAAGCAGCUGACAUUCAUGUAUUAGUCCAAGACAAUGAGAGGACAAGCAUGGCAGGACUUCUCAAAGAGGAAAAUGGUUGGACUCAGGCAUGCACUGAAGCUGAAGAUCAAGUUAAUUUGGCAGCGCAUCCUCAGAAAGCCUGGCUGGUGGUGGCAGAAGCUAAGAGUGCUGGCCAGCCUGUUGAAAACUGCCAGAAGAAGAAAGAUCAAACAGGGCAGGUAUUGAAAGACUUGAAAACCACUGCUGUAUUGAAAAGCCAAAAGCCUGGUGCAGCAGCUGUCCUGCAGCAAAACAAUAUGAUUAACGGCUCACAUCCAACUUUGUCUCCAGAUAUUUUCCAGAAAGCCCAGGCUGCACAGGCUCUACCUGUUUCUCAGACGAGCUCUUACAUGUUAAUAAGGAAGUCAAAGAGUGAAGGGCUGAAAAAGUCAGACUCCUCAGCUUUAAUAAAAAAUCCAAGUAGCCUAUCUCCAGCAGCAGAAGUAUACUUUGAUGCUACUGUUAAUGACCGGAUCUGGAGCAAGUUAGAUUGCAGCAAUCAUCGUGACAGCAUGUCUUCCUCUUCCAGCAUGUCCUCCAAUGACACUGUGAUAGAUCUCUCUCUACCUAAUCUAGCUCGCAAAAGCCUUCCAGAUCUUGGCAUCCGUCAUGAGAACUUUGAGCCCCUUGCCAUGAGAAGGGGUAUUCGCCCACGGUCUGCUACAACGUCAGGUAAUGAAAUGUCAGUAGUGAGCAAGAGUAAAUCCAAUCCUAACCUGAGAUCUGACCAGCUGCCAGCGGAUGAAUUAUGCCCCCGUCCUCUUGCAAGGAGUCCUCAGGAUGCAUUCUCAUCCAUUCCUAGGAGACAUACCUGGAGCAGGCUGUACAUAGAAAGUCUCAGGCAAUCUUCUAACAAAUCCAAAGCACAGGAUAAGGUUGGAAAUAACCAGGUGAAAUCCAAGAGUCUUGGAGACCUUACCUCUGAUGACAUUGUGUGCACUUUUGAAAGCAAAUAUCGUAGCAUCAGCAGGAGUUUUGUCACUCGAUCAAUGCGUGAGCAGCGCCGCUCUGCAGGCCUGAGAACUUCUGUCAAACCCCAGGAUGAACUGACUGAGCAGCUGAAAAGGCUAACAGCCUUUCAACAGGAAAAUGAUAUCACUUCCCCCAUCAGUCUUGAUCCAACUGAAUCUGAAGAGGAAGCGGAGAGCUUAGGACUCCUUCGCAGGUCAUCAUCUCGCAGUCAGAGCAGGGUGCGGUACAUUGCCAACAGAGCCAAGCAAGCUCAGGAGAGACAGCGACUGCAAAGCCUGGGCCAGCUCAGUGGGAGUCCCAUUGAAGAGAGAGGAAAUCCAGAGGGAGCCUGCAGCGUUGCAAAAGCAGUCUGUAUGGAUAUAGCUUCUCCUGCUGUGUUUACAUCCCAGCCUAAGAACCAAACUGAUUAUAAUACUGACACAGAAGUCUUCUUUAUGCUGAAACUGUAAUUCUGGGGGGCACUGAGUAAGGUGAUGUUUACAUUCAAGACAAAACACAGUGACCUGAGAGGCACAAAAUAUCCUUAUGGCUUAGUGCUUCCUGGCCUUCCCUUGAUGGCAAAGAAUGAUAUCCAGUUCAGAUCCUGCUCAAAUUUUCUCUGGUGCACCAAAACACAUGCAAGUAUUGGUAGAGACUGGCAUUCUGAUGUGUGAUACACAGCAUGUGGAUAAGUUUGAACUAGUGUUGGCAGCCAGUGAUGACUGUUUGGGUGAAAAUUCUUGGGGGAGUCAUGGAAUUUGUAGCCCAACAGGUGCUAUCAAAGGACCUGAGCUAUUCUGAGACAGCCAAGGAAGUGAAUGUCAUAGAGAACAAUACAAAGAUAAACUAUUUUUUUCAUGUAAGGUAGAUAGACCUAUUUCAUCACUGAGGUUGUUUAAAAUCUAACUGAAAAUACUUAUUAAAAAAAAUCUCUUCCUGUCCCAGCAAAGUGCACAGUGAAAAUGUGCACUACUUUGUUCAUUCCUUUACCUGGAAAGGUCCUCAGUUCACUUAUGGAUGUGAGGCUAGCACGGAGUUCUUGGCAUUUGGUCACAAACAUUUCAACCCUGAGAUACCAAAAGGUGCAGCUAACUAUGGUUGAUGAUUUCAGCAUAACAAGGAAGUGGGGGCUGGGAGGAGUAAAAUUCUCUGAUUAAAUAUUUUAAAGUGAUGCUUUGUCUGAACACGCUCCUGCAGUUUUCCAUCCCAGCUCUGAUCUUCAUUUCUUGUCUUCAUAAUUUGGAUGAGAGGCUCUUGAGGUUUGUGCAACAAAGGUUUGGAACAUGCACUGAAGUAAAUCUACAAUAUCUUUGCAGUCUCUGAAGAAAAAAAAAAAAAAGGUAAAUCAUCAGCGGAAUGUGUGAUCUGCCAAGAUCAGUCCUGCAUUGUAUCUUAAAACAAAGUGAAUUUCAUUAACAUUCUUUAGACAAGAAAGUCAGCCUGUAAUACUUCAGUUAUGGGCUGAAGAGCUGCAGGGAGUUGCUGCUUUUUUUUAUCUUUAAAGCAAAAAAGGACGUGCAAACUGACAGCUUCAGAAGGUUAAUGUGUGAAAGGUCUAUUUGCCUCUUUUCAAAGACCAAGAUCCACAAUGCUGUUUUAUCUUUUAUUGAUUAAGCAGUACUUGUUAAAUUAAUGCACCUUGCAGAAGACAAUAUCACGCAACACUUCAAAAUAUCUUUCUUUGUUCACGUUUUUAAAGAGCAGCAAUUGGAUUUAACUUACUAGGGUACAUGUGAAUUUUGUCCUCCUGUUUGCAAAUCAGUAGUAACUGCCUUGCCAACUUGUUCUGUUGCACUGCACAAGACUAUUAAUGAUGUGUCUGUGUAUUCAUAUGAAUGGAAUUUAUUUUGUGGUACCUACACUGCUGAGCAGCAGGAACUUACUUAAGUUUUGUUCUUCAUCCUUUCUGCUUCAGUGUAAUUUUGCUCUGAAGAAUAAUUACAACAAUGAUAAUCUAACCAAUCAAUGUAUUCUAUUUCCAAUUUUUAGUGUUUGAUUAACAGAAGGAAAAGAUUAAUGCUGAUUCUGGUAACAGGUUUUUAAGUAUCUUCUAGGUUUGGGAGAGGGCUUUUCUUGUCUUGCUCCCUACCCCCCCUCAAAAUAACAACAAACUCGAGAGCUUUAAGCAAAACACUUUUAGAUUGUUGUUUUUUUUUCCUACAUGAACUGGAGCAAUAGUGGAGGUCUCAAAAUCAAGCUGGCGAAAGAAUUUAGAGAGAAAGGCAGCAUACAUAGGGAUCUUCAACUAAUGUGUGAAAACACUUGCUUGGCUCUAUCUCGUCCAAAGCUGCAGCUCAGGCCUUUCUUCAGCAUUCUGGGAUGUGAGGAAAUACUACCGUAUGUAACUGGUUUGUAAGGGUUCUGAUGUUGUGCUGGAAUCCCCCAACCGAUCAGAGAAUCACAGCACGGAGAAAGCCUUCAGCCAGCAGCAGCCGGGAGAGGUGGGUCCAGCUGACGAGGGCACGGUCCUGCAGAAAGAACCGCGCAGCAGGCCGCGCACAGGUGUUCGUACUUUCCGAGUCUCAGUGUGGUAUUGAGCCGCCGCACUGACCCGCUUUCAAACUUUCUGCUGGAUGUCCCCUUCCUUGUCCCCAAAGCAAGGCGCUCCCGCAGCCUGCGCUGCCGGCUGGCUCGUCCUUCCCGCAGCAGCGCCGCGCCUGGCUCCUCCCGCUCUCCUUAUAACAGCGUGGAUGCAGCGAGCGUUCUGUUCCAGCAGUUCCAUUUGCCGCCCAUCGACGUGCUGCUGCUGGGACCCAGUCAGACAGAGCAAGCUAGGAGAGGCUGAAGGAAUUGCUGAAGUUUUCUCUAAACAGUAACUAUUUCUGCUGCAAUGGACAAAGGACUUCACUUCAUGUUCUGUGUGGUUACAACUGUGCUGCUCCUGAGAGAAUCGAGCCAGACAGGAGCGAUGAGGAAUGAUGAUGCAAUGAUUAAGGCCAAUGACUUGAGGGGACCAGAAGAGAACCUUCCAGCUUUGACAGUCACAACAAUCUUGGAAGAUCCUUAUGUCAUGGUGAGAAGUGCAGAACUGGAGGGAUACUGCAUUGAUUUGCUGAAAGCACUUGCUUCAAUGCUUCACUUCAGCUAUAAGGUGAAGGUGGUGGGAGAUGGGAAGUAUGGAGCCAUCUCUUCCAAUGGGAACUGGACAGGGAUGAUUGGAGAGAUUCUGAGACAGGAAGCAGACAUAGCAGUGGCUCCCUUGACAGUCACGUCAGCAAGGGAAGAGGUAAUCUCCUUCACUACGCCAUUCCUGCAGACUGGGAUUGGAAUCUUGCUUCGAAAGGACACCAUCUCUCAGGAGAUGUCUUUCUUCCACUUCCUGGCUCCUUUCAGUAAGGAGACCUGGACUGGCCUCCUAUUUGCUUAUGUGCUGACGUGUGUCUGCCUCUUCCUUGUUGCCAGGCUGAGCCCUUGUGAAUGGAAUGAGCCAAAGAAUGAAGAGAAUCACUUCACCUUUUUAAACAGCCUCUGGUUUGGAGCAGGAGCGCUCACGUUGCAAGGUGUCACCCCUCGGCCCAAGGCGUUUUCUGUGCGGGUCAUCGCUGCCAUCUGGUGGCUCUUCACCAUAGCUUUGCUGGCUGCUUACAUCGCCAACUUCACCGCGCUGUUGAGCUCUGGCAGCGAGCAGCUCCCGAUCCAGACUUUUGAAGAUCUUGUGAAGCAAAGGAAGCUUGAGUUUGGGACACUGGAUGGCUCCUCCACUUUCUACUUCUUUAAGAACUCCAAGAAUCCCAUCCAUCAGAUGAUCUAUGAAUAUAUGGACAAGAGACGAGACCACGUUUUGGUCAAAACCUACCAGGAAGCAGUUCAGCGUGUGAUGGAAUCCAAUUAUGCCUUCAUUGGUGAAUCAAUCUCUCAAGACCUUGCAGCCGCCAGGCACUGCAAUUUGAUCAGAGCCCCUGAAGUUAUUGGAGCCAGAGGAUUUGGCAUUGCCACUGCCCAGGCAUCGCCCUGGACUAAGAAGCUAUCAGUUGCUGUCCUCAAGCUGCGUGAAUCGGGUGAUCUGGACUAUUUGCGUAACAAGUGGUGGGAGUCCAGCUGCCUUCACAAACGUAGAGACAGAUGGAGCCCCCUGCAGCCCCAAGCUCUGGGUGGGCUCUUUCUUACUCUUGCAAUUGGCCUUGCAUUAGGAGUGAUUGCAGCUAUGGUGGAGCUGUCAAAUAAGAGCAGACAUGCUGCUGGACAUGUCAAGAAAUCUUGUUGCUCCAUUUUCACGGAAGAAAUGUGCACUCGUCUACGUAUAAAAGAAAAUACAAGACAAACCCAGGAGACUUCAGGGAGGGCUAAUGCUUAAAAAAAAUUCUUAAGGAAUGGGCAUAUAUUGUGGUUCUACCAUAUAUAUGUCAUAGGAGCUACAUCACUGUAGAAAGAUAUUUCUGCAAGAUUAGAGUGUUAGUUUCCUAAUUACAAACACACAGUACUUCUGGAUUGAUGGUGGAGCUGGUUAUAGAAGAAAACCAAGCAGCUUGGAAGAAUUUAAAUUGAUAAGAGGGAGAGUGCAACUGCUAAAAUUGAGGGAGGUUAAGAUGGGUGAUCACAUCUAUAUUUAAUUUAGAAGUUUACUAUGUAAGUGCAUAAAUGCCUGCAGAAGUGAGUGACUUGGGAGAGGUUAAUAUGAAGCCUCUGCAUACUAAUCAUAGAUUGAGGUGCAAUCUUGAAAAUUAAAGCUUUUAUCUGACUCUUCUAAUCAAGAAUAACUGCUUCUUAAGAUUUUAAUUAUAAAUAGACUGUACUUUUGCCUCCUUGUAGGCAAAUGAUAGUGAUCACUGUGAAUGUCAUUUCUGAAUCAGAAAGGACAUUACUGAUGCACCCAUCCCAGUAAUGCAGGAUUUAACUGUAUUCUACACAAAGGCCUAAACUCUGAGAAAGGGAAGCCUUACAGUUAAGGAACUAGAUUUAAGAAAUGUCUGUUUUUCAUCAGAAGAUGUUUCCUUGUUUAGCUAGAGGACAGUUUGUCCUAGUUAACUU